GGAAACGGAGCUAGAGCAAAGCAGCUGUGCAGUACUUUCCUGGCUGGACUCUGCAGAAGCAGGAGCAAGCUCAGCUGGUGGCCCUGGGCAGUGUGUUUGCGAUUACAAUGACAGUGUGUCCAGAGGAGGCAGCAGCAGGCAGGCCGAGGGCCUCCCCGGGCAUCCCUCCCUCCCACUUUGUCUAGGCUUUGCAGAAGCAGCCACUGACGCUGGGUCCCUGCCAGAGCUGCGAAGCAGGGCCUCCUGAGCACAGCUGGGAGAACCGCACAGAAGGAGGAGCAGGAAAUGGAGUGGAUGGAGCGGGGGCUGCGAUACCUGCAAGAGGCUGCGGCAGCUGUUGGGUGGAACUGCUCUAAGAGACAAAUGAACAGCGCCAGACUGUGGGAAGUCCUGUUACCACAAGGCUCUGAGGUCCCUGCCAGCCUCUGAAGAAUGGCUGCUGAUGUUCAUAAGAAGAAAGGCUGGGAAGUCCCCAACAGGUCCUUGGUGCCAACAGAUGGUCAACCCAUGGAGAGGUCAGAGAGCCCCACCCCAGGACUGGUUCAGGGCACGGAACCAGGGGCAGGCCAGGAGGGGGCGAUGUUUGUUCACACCCGGUCCUACGAGGACCUGACAAGCCCCGAGGAUGGAGAUGUUGCAUCCAGGAGCCCUGAGGAAGGGCGAGGGGACCAGGCAGACCAGACCAGCAUGGAACAGAUCAGCAAGGACUUUAGUGAGCUCAGCACACAGCUGACGGGCAUGGCAUUAGACCUGGAGGAGGAGAUGAGACUGAGCCAGGAGGACAAGAUGGAUCUCUCGCCACAGGCGGCCCGGAGGGACUCAGCACGGUCAGAGAAGGAGGAUGAGGACGUGACCAUGGAGGCCUGGCGCAUGCAUCAGAAGCAUGUGUUCGUGCUGAGUGAGGCGGGCAAGCCGGUGUAUUCCCGCUACGGCUCAGAGGAGGCGCUGUCCAGCACCAUGGGAGUGAUGAUGGCCCUGGUGUCCUUCCUGGAGGCAGAGAAGAAUGCCAUCAGGUCUAUCCAUGCAGAUGGCUACAAGGUGGUCUUUGUGCGCCGGAGCCCCCUGGUGCUGGUGGCCAUGGCCCGGACGCGGCAGUCGGAGCAGGAGAUCGCCCAUGAGCUCCUCUACAUCUACUACCAGAUCCUCAGCCUGGUCACCUGGACCCAGCUCAACCACAUCUUCCAGCAGAAGCAGAACUAUGAUCUGCGCAGGCUGCUGGCGGGCUCUGAGCGCAUCACUGACAACUUGCUGGACCUGAUGGCCCGGGACCCCAGCUUCCUGAUGGGUGCUGUGCGCUGCCUGCCGAUGGCAGCAGGGCUCAGAGAUACUGUGAGCAUCUGCCUCCAGCAGGCCAAGGCCAAAAGCCUGGUGUUCUCCAUCCUGCUGUCCAGGAACCAGCUGGUAUCUCUGGUGAGGAGAAAGGACCAGUUCCUGCACCCCAUUGACCUGCAUUUACUCUUCAACCUCAUAAGCUCCUCCUCCUCCUUCCGUGAGGGCGAGGCCUGGACUCCCAUCUGCCUGCCCAAGUUCAACUCCAGCGGCUUCUUCCAUGCCCACAUCUCAUACUUGGAGCAGGACAUGGACCUGUGCCUGCUCCUGGUCUCCACCGACCGUGAGGACUUCUUCACCAUCUCCGACUGCAAGCGCCGCUUCCAGGAGCGCCUGCGGAAGCGUGGCAUGUCCCAUGCCUUCCUGGAGGCACUGCGCACCCCCUUCUACAGCGUCUCCCAGGUGGGGAUCCCGGACCUAAGACACUUCAUCUACAAAUCCAAGAGCUCAGGGCUCUUCACCAGCCCUGAGAUUGAGGCUCCCUAUGUCAGCGAGGAGGAGAAGCAGAGGCUGUUGGAGCUAUACCAGUACCUGCACAGCCGUGCCCACAACUCCUCCCGCCCCCUGAAAAACAUGUACUUCACAGGACCCAGAGAAAAUCUCCUGGCUUGGGUGACCAGUGCCUUCGAGCUCUAUGUGUGCUACAGCCCCCUGGGGACCAAGGCAGCCGCUGUCAGCGCCGUCAACAAGCUCAUGAAGUGGAUCCGCAGGGAAGAGGACCGACUCUUCAUAUUGACACCACAGACGUACUGAUGGGUGCUGUUCCAUGCCAGCCAUGCCCAGAGCAUUCCUGGCUCUGAUCAGGACACCCUCCAGGGCAAGCCCGCCUUCCCGGUGUGCAUAGUGGAUGGCGGGAAAGGGAGACCCUUGGGAAGCAGAGCCCUCUGCCCCCAAACGCAGGGAAAGCACAUUAAUGGGGUGGUUAAAUAGCAGAUUUUAGAGACCCUAAAGCUUCCCGAGUUGCCUGGUGCUGUGACCAGGACCCAAUGGAGACCCCUGCUACUGAGGGGCCACCCCACCUGGACAUGCAUUCCCCACUACAGCCUCCAGCCAGUGCUUUUACCUUACCUGCCACUUCUCAGCCUCUCCACCCUAUCCUGCUUCCCUCUCCUGUUGCGACACUCGUCUUCCUGGGGUAUAUCCCUCAGUCUCGGGUGGAGGGGAUCCGCCUGUUGCUAGCUGCCUCCAUAGUGGGGCAGGGGAGGGGUGGGCGCUCAGUCUGCACUGGGCUUCUAGGACCCCUGGUUCUUCCUGCAGCACCUUCCCUCUUUUCUCCAUCAUUAGACUAUUCCCAGGGUGUUGAGGUGGCAUCUCCACUGCUCCACCCCCACCCCCCUACCCCUGGGGUCCAGGUCUCUGAGCCAGGGGUCACUGCCUGGGAGUCAAAGAACCUGUUGGCUCCAACUCCAUCCCAGCCAUCUGCCAGGCCCAGGCAUUCUGCCUGGCUCCCCAAGGGACAGUUUCUCAGGGGCGUUGGUGGGCGGGGCACACAGGGCAACCUGCCAUGAACAGGAAGGGUCCCUUGGUGUGGUCCCUCUCCCUGCUGCCUUCCAGCUUUCCCCUGCUCCUUGCAUCUCCAUGCCAGCGUCUCCUGGCCAGGCCCUUCAUAGACCAGUCUGACAAUGUUGAAGGGCUGGGGGCAGGGAGCACCCAGACAAGAAGAACAGACCCUCUGGGCUCCAAAGCGAGGAGGCCCCCACGUUGCCUUGUGUUGGUCUCCAAGCCCAGAAGUAUUCACCCCCAGGUCUCCGUUAGUCAGUGCUGGCCUUUCCCGCCUCCAGGUAUUCCCUGGAUCUUGCCCAAGCCCGGAUCAUGGGCAGUUUGCCUGUCCCUGUGGCUGGGUUUUCAGAGUCAGCUCAGCAGCUGAUCCGUGUUCAUGGCCACAGCGGCACCAGGUCCUGGGAUGGGGCUGGAGGAGGAAACCAACACCACUGAAUAAAGGCUGCAGAGAAAUGACCAUGGUUUUAUUGCAGGGAGAUGGCCAUGUGGUGGCAGCACAGGAUAAGAGCGGGGAAGGGCUGGGGCCAGAGUCUGAGGUUAAAGUCAGUUUCUGUUGUGAGCCCCAUUGGGACCCCUGUUAACUGUCUUUGAAAAGUCAAACUAUCUUCGUUGUAGCCCAAACUGUCUCUGGUGUAGCCUGAACGUGCUCGGCACCGCUGGAUGUCCAGCUGUUCUUCGGUGCUUUACAAUGAU